AUGGCGCCGAAAUCGUUAGCGGAGCAGAUUGCUGAUCUGGAGGAUCUUACGCCAAGGGACUACGACCCCGAGGACAUUGAGCGCGGUGGAAACUCAAGCGAUGAAGAUGUUGAGGUGAAGGAUGCGAGUGCUGGCCGUGAGCAUUACCAGGCUGUUGGCAAAGCGAAACUCCGCAACGAGGACCCGGUGUCAUUAGGGAAACAAUAUGCCGGCUCGCGGGUGAGCAGAGAUGCGCUUGACGCCGAGAGUGACGAAGAUCCGUUUGCGGCGCGAUCUAGCGACGAGGGUAGUGAUGAUGAGAGCGACGAACUCGAAGGUGAUGAGGAUCAUGAGGAGGACGAGGACGAGGAUAUCUCCGGCGAAAGCGAAGACGAGAAGCCGCGGAAAUCCAAAGGCGCCAGUACAAAGGGCCGGAAGGACGUUGAUGUAGAUAUGGAGGAAUCGGACGACAGCGAAGACGAAGAAGGCUUCGACGAGGACGGAUUCUCCGAUGAAGACGAGGACGUUUCCGACGAGGAUGACGACGAGGAUGGAUCCGAAGACGACGACGAAGAAGAAGAAUCUGACGAAGAGUCCGACGAAGAAGCCGCAAAACCCAAACGCCGUGUCCAAUUCGCCAGCGCCGACGCCGACCCCUCCGACGACCGCGCCCAACUCCGCCAACUAAUGGCAACAGACCAAAAGACCAUCGCCGCGACAAUCUCCCAAGCCGCCAAAGCUGACGCAGUGAAAGGCCGCGCCGUCAAGCAACAACGCGCAACAUUUGACGCCCUCCUCAACGCCCGCAUCAAGCUACAAAAGGGCCUCACGGCAGCGAACCAGCUCGCAACACAGCCCCAACCCCUCGACGAAACCGACACCGAAACCGACGCCUUCAAGUCCGCCGAGACCGCCGCGUUGACAUUAUGGUCAACCCUCGAAGAACUCCGCCUCACCCUCGUCGACGCCCAGACGCACGACGAGUCCAAGAAGCGCAAGCGCCCCGCCCCCGCAACAACAGGCACACCAACCUCCUCACUGUGGAAGCGCAUGGCGGAGCUGGAAUCCUCCUCGCUGACGCACCGCCGCGCAAUCCUAGACAAAUGGUCCAAUAAAGUCCGCGGCUCAGCGGCCGGCACAACGCUCGCAAAUUCCAAGACGAAACUCAUCGGGUCCUCGGGCGCACAGCAAACCAUCACCGCGGUGCUCGACGCCCACGUCGCGUCUGAAACGGGCGAUCUGCGCGCGAACAAGCGCGCCAAACACACCUCUACCUCCGCCUCUGCCUCGGAAAAGGGCGUCGAGGUCGAGGUCUACGACGACACGAUCUUCUACCAGUCUCUCCUCCGCGACCUCGUCAGCCAGCGCAUGUCGUCUAGUGAUGCCAUAACCAACGGCCUGGAUACCCUGCACCUCCUCCCCUCGCGCAACGGCGGCGCGAUUCACCCGGUCACCGGAAUGCGCAAGGACAAGGUCAAGCGUGAGAUUGAUACGCGGGCGUCGAAGGGCCGUAAGAUGCGCUUUGAUGUGCAUGAGAAGCUGCAGAAUUUUAUGGCGCCUGAGGAGAGGGGCACGUGGACGCGUCGUGCUAGAGACGAGUUCUUUGCGAGUCUGCUUGGGCGUAGUGCUAGUGGGCUGUUGAGGGAGGAAAGUGGGGAUGAGGAGGAGGAUGAGGCGAUGCGUGAUGGGGAGGAGAGUGAGGAGGAUGCUGCGGAGGGUGGACUCAGACUUUUCAGGAGCUGA